GAGAAUUAUCUGUAGUAUUUAUACACCCAGACAAUAUUUAGAGGCGGAAGAGGGCAAGUAAAGAGUUUUAAGGGCUCCACAGACAACAGAAGAGAGGAGGAAGGGGACCUACCAUAAGAGAUGCCCGAAGAAUAAUUGGGGAGAUGUGAAAAUAAGUGGAGGAAGGUGGAGUCAAAAACUGUCAGUGCCAGCCUCAUCUCCCCCAUGUCAUAAGCCAAAGAAGAAUGUGAUAGUGUGUGUGAUCAGCAUAAUCAUGUCAAAAGCAGCAGAGAGCUUGAGGAUGAGCCAUAAAAAAUACAAAGCUAUUCUGAAGAAAGAAAAACGAAAGAAAAAGAGACAAGCACUUGCCAGAUUAAGAGAUUCAGAAAUCACAGAAAAAAGUGAACCACUGCCUGAAGAGGAGGAACUGGAAGAAGAAAAACAACUUGAGGCUGAAAGGCAAAAACUACAUGAGGAAUGGUUGCUGAGAGAAGAAAAGGCUCAAGAAGACUUCAGGCUCAAGAAAGAAAAGGAAGAGGCCAUGAGAAGACUUCAGGAGGAAGAGGAGAGAAAGAUAAAAGAAGAAUGGGAAGAACAGCAAAGGAAGGAGAGAGAAGAGGAGGAGCAGAAGCAACAGGAGAAGAGAGAAAGAGAGGAAGCUGUGCAGAAGAUGCUGGAUCAAGCUGAAAGUCAGCUGGAAAAUGGCGCUACCUGGCAUAACCCAGAACCCCCAGAGAACAUAGGAACGGAGAAAGAUAGAGCUAAUUGCCCAUUUUAUAUCAAAACAGGAUCCUGCAGAUUUGGAGACAGGUGUUCCCGCAAACAUAACUACCCAACAUCUAGUCAGACGCUUCUGAUCAGAGGUAUGUUUGUUACAUUUGGGAUGGAGCAGUGUAGAAGAGAUGACUAUGAUACAGAUGCGAGUCUUGAAUACAGUGAGGAGGAAACCUACCAGCAGUUCUUAGACUUCUAUGAAGAUGUACUGCCUGAGUUCAAGAAUGUGGGAAAGGUUAUUCAAUUCAAGGUCAGCUGCAACUUUGAGCCUCACCUGCGGGGAAAUGUAUAUGUUCAGUACCAGUCGGAGCGAGACUGUCAAGAAGCCCUUACUCUAUUCAAUGGACGAUGGUAUGCAGGACGACAGCUUCAGUGUGAAUUUUGCCCAGUGACAAGGUGGAAAACUGCUAUAUGUGGUUUAUUUGAAAGACAGAAAUGCCCAAGAGGGAAACACUGCAACUUUCUGCACGUAUUCAGAAAUCCACACAAUGAGUUUUGGGAGGCCAAUAGAGACAUACAUAUUUCUCCUGAACGGACCAAUCAGUCAGCUAAAAACUCUGAAAGGAGAAACAGAACAGGCCAUCACGAGGACUAUUACAGCAAGUCAAGAAGACGGAGCAGCCCCAGCCCAGAUCAUUCUUACAAAAGAAAUGGAGAAUCAGAGAGGAAAAAAAGUAGCCACAAGAGCAAAAAAAGACGGCGGUCUAGCAGGUCAAGAAGUUGGGAACGAAGGCAGUCACAUAGUAGAGGGAAGAAGAGGAGAGGUCGUAGUCGCAGCAGAAGCCGGAGUUGUACACGUGGUCGUAGCAGAAGCCGAAGUAGAAGCUCCUCUCGGUCCAGGAGUCGGGGCAAAAAGAGGUCAAAUAGCAGAGGAAGAAGUAAUGAACCCCUCCCAAAAAACUGUCUGGGUAUGCAUUCAGCACCGAAACUAGACUGCCCACAAGUCUGCUGCUACAGCUUUGAGGUAUUAGCAGUCAUUUUCCAACUGCUUUCAUACCUCAUGCUUCAGUACUACUGUUUCCCAUAACACUUAAGUGAGGUCUGAGUGUGAGAAGGCUUCAGAAUCAAACAGUCAUGUGCAUGGCUUUUUGUAAUUACACUACAGCUUAGUGAGUGAUUAUUUUUAUUUGAAAUCAAAACCAAAGGUUUUUUUUUUAAAUGUAAGCUUAAAGUUUGCAAGGGAAAUAGCAAAAGGGGCUCAAUAAGGAACUAAAUUCAGAGGAUGGAUUUUCUGUGAUGUGUAUUUCUACUGCCAUUACAGCUCAUGAAGACUUUACAAAAUGCAGUAGUACUGGCAUAGCUCCUAUCAUGUGGUAUCCUGAAGGAAUAUGACAGUAGCACUGAAGGGCCCCAGUGUGCUAGCUACAGUGCAAAUACAGAGACAGUCCUUGCUCGUUGGAGCUUACAAUCUAAGACAGAGCCUCCCCUCCCCCGAAUAAGGGCAUUUGAAGCAGUCUAUAGUGAGUUUGCUUGGGGACAAGAUCCCACCCCAAAGUGAGACAUAAUUCUGGUAGAGUCUACUUUAAACAGGGCUCCUGUACUGUUGCUGCAUUUCUUCAGAGCAUGUCACUAAUUUCAUGGCUAUACUUCAGAGAAAAGCUGAAACUUACUGAGCCAGAUGCAGGGUAGUGGAAAAUCAGGCCCUUCAUCUCUUCUGGCCCUCUUGGUUCUCCAGUUCAUAGCAGUAGGCAGGGCCGGCUCUGACUUUUUUGCCUCCCCAAGCAAACAAAAAAACAACUUGCAAGGCAGCUGCAGCACCAAAGCAAAAAAAACAAAAACAAAAAAAACCGUGCAGGGCUUCCGGAGCAGCAGAGCAAAAAAAACCCGUGCAGGGUGGCCAGAGCGCGAGUGCAGGGGGACUCCCAGUGUUGCAGACGUGCCCCAGGCAGGGGCAGAGAAGGGGGGCGGCCAGGG